AUGGGCAACCAGGAGGCUAAGCAAAAGAAAGCUGCAGCAGCAUCAGGUAAUGGAAGCUACCCUUCUCUGGACGAGGGAUGGAGAGAGGGAGGAGGGGAAACGACAAAAAAGGGAGGCAAGAAACUCCACGGUAAGCAUGGAGGCAAAGGAGCAGGCAACAGCGGAGGAGGAGGGGGCACUGGACCAGGCAAGAAGAAAAACAAAUCUGAGUCCAAGUCCUCAGUAUUCUCCAUCCGGAAGAGAAAGAGCAACCUGAAAGGGAAAGGAGACGUGUGUUCAUCAGUAACGGGCUCAAAGGAGGAUGUGUUAGCAUCUCAACGCGAUGAAGUGGACAGCACAAAAACACCUGACCUGUCUGCAGAUGAGCUCGGACAGUCGGAUACUGAGGCUGCUUUCCCCGAGAAGAAAAAGAAAGAGCAGAAAAGGGAUGGAGAUGGAGUUAGAGGGGGAGGAGAGCAGAAGCAGGAGAUGCAGCGGAAAGCAUCGACAGCAGCAACCUCUCCUGCAGAGGAUGGAGGGCAGAAGGGGGGGAGCUCGGGGUCGGACACAGAUAUUUACAGCUUUCACUCAGCGGCUGACCACGAGGAUUUACUAGCAGACAUCCAGCAUGCUAUUAGGCUGCAGCACCAACAGCAGCAUGGGGGGCUUAACUCCAUUAUGGAGGCACCGGGAGGAGGAGGAGGAGGAGGAGGAAAGGAUCUGAGCUGGGGAGGAGGAGAGGAGAGAAAACUGAGUAAUGGAGUUGUUCAAUUAAGUCCUCCAGAGGUGAUUGACCUGACCCCAGAAUUAGAGCUCGGGUCUGAUGCGCUGUCAUUCCUAGAGACAGGGACUCUGAUUGGCUCUGUCAUACACACGGACCAGCCCCCAGGACUACACCUCCCUUUCCACACAGAGGUGCACGAAAGGAGGGAGGAGAAGGAGGAGGAGGAGCAUCCGGAGAGAGAAGGCUCUCUUUGUGCUGCCACAGGCACAAAAGACCAGCAUGCUCGGGUGCAGCAGCCCCCUCGCACAGACAUUACCAUGGCUACUGCUGAGGGGGCAGCUGUCAGCCCAGUCGCCAUGACAACCAGUGUUAACAGCUUCCCUGAUAUCCCACUUGACAGUGCAGGGAAACCCCCGGGGGAAGAGGAGGAAGCAGGGGAUGAAAACCAGCAGGAGGAGAAGAGGGUGCAGAGUGUGGUUGAAGAUUUGAGUCCUCCACCCGCAGACAGUAACAAUAAAAGUCCCGAACCCACAGAGGGGCUGAGCUCAGGGACCGUGUUUACAGAAGGUGAGGGUCAGCUGGGCUCGGCUACCAGCGCAGAAUCCCUCGAAGACUGCCUGAGUGCCGGAUCCGAACCCAACCACUCUGCUGCUGCCAGCACCAGCACCAGUGCCUCCCCCUCCACCCAGCAGUGCAGGAGGAGCAGUGUGUGCUUCACCCCGCUGCCCCCCCAGGAGAGCCCCACAUUGGCCAAACGUCUCCUCAGGUCCAACCACUCCUCCUCCUCCCCUUCCUCUAGCCCCGUGGUGAAACCUUACCCUCCCAUCUUCCCUUCCUACAUCAAGACCACCACCAGACAGCUGAGCUCGCCGGGACACUCCCCUGCCCUGUCCCCCUCUCAUAGUCCUCUGUCCCCCCGUAGAGCCCACCAUCACCUCCACAGGACGACGGCUGAGGGUCAUCAUGUACGCAGACAGCGCUCCCGAAGCCUCGCUGGGACUCUGAGUCGUUCCGCUGACUGGACGGAGGAGCUGGACAGGAGGCUGAGGAGCAGGGAGGAGGAUGCAGGCUCUGGGGAAUAUCUGAUGGGCUACAGAGGAGGAGGCAGCCAACCCACCUGUGCUACCAGAAGAUCCUCUUGUGGACAGAUUUCUACCUGUGGCUUUCCGGAUGUCUUCACAGGCCGAACCCUCCUGGAGAAGUUGUUCCUGCAGCAGCAGCAGGAAGAGCCGGAGGAAGCUGAGAGGCUCUGCUCCAGGAUCUUAGCCAUGGGUCUCCUGCUGCCUUUCACCGACUGCUUCAGAGAGCAGCUUGGAGGCAGCACUGCCCACAUCACCCCAACCCCAUCAGCCAAGUUUGAACAUGACCAGCUGUAUACUUGGGCUGCUGUUAACCAACCGCCCCACUCCCUGGAUCCUCUAGAAGGGAAACUACCGGGGCAGCUCAAGGAGUCCUGGCCUCCAGCCAAGCCAGGCGGAGACAACAAGACUGGACUCAGAUCCACAGAGGCUGAGGAUAAUCAAGAACUACAUGAAGCCAUCACAGAUAUGAAGCAACAACAGAAGGACAGCCAAGAUUGUCAGGAUGAAUGUGUCCUGAAAACAACAAAACUGAAGGAAAAACACGUCAAUGUCAUCCAACAACUGGAGCAAACCAUUGAAGACCUCAGGACUAAGAUUGCUGAGCUGGAGCGACAGCCCCCUCUGCUGGACAGGGACAGUAUGACCACCACCACCACAGACAGGGAGUGUGGAGGAGAAGAGGGGCUGCUGAUUGUGUGUGAUGCUCACCUGCAGACUGAAGCAGGUCUGCCCGGUUGCCUGGAGGCCAAGUCAGUGCAGACUUCGCCCAUGGACGACAGCUUUAAGUUCAAAGUGCCUUGUACUGAGCCGGGUGGAGUCAACGGCUUCCUGCAGCCUCCACCCGUCCAGGACGGCUUCCAGUGUUCAUGUCAGCAACAGCCUCCACCUCCACCUCCACCACCACCACCACCACCACCUCCGCUUCCAGGAGGAGCAGCACCUCCUCAUGCUUUAUCGGGACAGACAAUGGCAACACCUCCUCCGCCACCUCCUCCUCCACCCUUACCAGGAGGGUCAAUGCCACCUCCUCCACCACCUCCUCCUCUUCCUGGUGGCCUCGCUCCACCCCCACCACCUCCUCCUCCUCCCCUCCCCGGUGGCCUCGCUCCACCACCACCGCCUCCUCCUCCUCUCCCAGGCUGUGGGCCUCCACCUCCUCCUCCUCCACCAGGGGCGUUCUGCAUUCCUCCAGCUCUUCCAGGAGCUCUGGGCUCAUUGCCUCCUCCUCUGCCGUUUGGGUUGUACGCUCUGGGUUUGACCCAGGAGAAGCCGCCUAGAAAGGCCGUGGUGGAGCCACCCAGACCCAUGAAACCUCUCUACUGGACCAGGAUCCAGCUGCACGCUAAAAAGGAGGUUUCUUCUUCGUUGGUGUGGGAGGCAAUAGAGGAGCCCGAUGUGGACUUUGAAGAAUUUGUGGAGUUGUUCUCUAAAACAGCUGUAAAGGAGAAGAAGCAGCCGCUCUCUGACACCAUCACCAAGUCCAAGGCCAAACAGGUUGUAAAGCUCCUCAACAACAAACGCUCUCAGGCAGUAGGAAUCCUCAUGUCCUCGCUGCACCUCGACAUGAAAGAUAUCCAUCAUGCCGUUCUCAACUUGGACAACACAGUAGUGGACCUGGAGACCCUGCAGGCUCUGUAUGAAAAUAGGGCGCAGCAGGAGGAGCUGGACAAGAUUGAAAAGCACAUCAAGGUGUCUAAAGAUAAAGAGAACGCUAAACCUCUGGACAAACCUGAGCAGUUCCUCCACCAGCUCUCCCUCAUCCCCAACUUCUCUGGCAGAGUCUUCUGCAUCCUCUUCCAGUCCAGCUUUACUGAGUGCAUGUCAUCCAUAGUUAGGAAGCUGGACAUUCUGCAGAGGGUAUGCAAGGCUCUGCAGGAGGGUGAGACAGUGAAGCGGGUUCUGGGUCUGGUCCUGGCUUUCGGUAAUUUCAUGAAUGGCGGCAAUCGAACCAGAGGUCAAGCUGACGGCUUCACCCUCGACAUCCUGCCCAAACUCAAAGAUGUCAAGAGCAGUGACAGUGGUAGAAGUCUCCUGUCGUACAUUGUUGCAUACUACCUCAGACACUUCGAUGAGGAUGCUGGCAGGGAGACGUGUGUGUAUCCUCUCCCUGAGCCUCACGACUUGUUCCAGGCUUCACAGAUGAAGUUUGAAGACUUCCAAAAAGACCUGAAUCGACUCAGGAAGGACCUGAGAGCGUGUACGUCAGAGGUGGAGAAGGUGUGCAAGGUUUCAGAUGAAGAUAACCUGCAGCCUUUCAAAGACAAGAUGGAGGAGUUUCUCUCAGAAGCUAAAGGUGAACUGGAGUCGCUGGAAGCUCAGCUCAGCAGCACUCACAAACUGUUCCUGGAGAUCAUAGCGUUCUUUGCAGUGAAGGCCAAAGCAGGAGAGAAGGAGGCUUCUCCAAACACACUUUUCUCCACCUGGCACGAGUUUUCCUCUGACUUCAAGGACCAAUGGAAGAAAGAGAACAAAGUCAUUCUCAAGGAGAGAUUAAAAGCAGCAGAGGAGUGUUUCCGACAGGCCAAGGAGAAAGCUUCCUACAGCGUCAAACCCAAACACGCUACUGGCAUCAAAGCCAAGCUUGGCAUGAAGAUCUGA